UACCAGGACACGAACAUGCAGGGGGUUGUGUACGAGCUGAACAGCUACAUAGAGCAGCGCCUGGACACCGGAGGGGACAACCACCUGCUCCUCUACGAGCUGAGCAGCAUCAUCAGGAUAGCCACAAAAGCCGACGGAUUUGCACUGUACUUCCUUGGAGAGUGCAAUAAUAGUCUGUGUGUAUUCACACCACCCGGGAUAAAGGAAGGUCAACCCCGGCUCAUCCCUGCAGGACCCAUCACCCAGGGCACCACCAUCUCUGCUUAUGUGGCCAAGUCUAGGAAAACACUGCUUGUGGAGGACAUCCUUGGGGAUGAGCGAUUUCCGAGAGGCACUGGCCUGGAAUCGGGAACCCGAAUCCAGUCUGUUCUUUGCUUGCCCAUCGUCACUGCCAUUGGAGACUUGAUCGGCAUCCUUGAGCUGUACAGGCACUGGGGCAAGGAGGCCUUCUGUCUCAGUCAUCAGGAGGUUGCAACAGCCAAUCUUGCUUGGGCUUCUGUAGCAAUACACCAGGUGCAGGUGUGCAGAGGUCUCGCCAAACAGACUGAACUGAAUGACUUCCUGCUUGAUGUAUCAAAGACAUACUUUGAUAACAUAGUUGCCAUAGACUCUCUGCUUGAACACAUCAUGAUAUAUGCAAAAAAUCUAGUGAACGCCGACCGCUGCGCGCUCUUCCAGGUGGACCACAAGAAUAAGGAGCUGUACUCAGACCUGUUUGACAUUGGGGAGGAGAAGGAGGGGAAACCUGUCUUCAAGAAGACCAAGGAGAUCAGAUUUUCAAUUGAGAAGGGGAUUGCUGGCCAAGUGGCGAGAACAGGGGAAGUCCUAAACAUCCCGGAUGCCUACGCUGACCCACGUUUUAACAGGGAGGUGGACCUGUACACGGGCUAUACCACACGCAACAUUCUAUGCAUGCCCAUAGUGAGCCGCGGCAGCGUGAUUGGCGUGGUGCAGAUGGUGAACAAGAUCAGCGGCAGUGCCUUCUCCAAGACGGACGAGAACAACUUCAAGAUGUUCGCCGUCUUCUGUGCCCUGGCCUUGCACUGUGCUAAUAUGUACCACAGGAUCCGACACUCGGAGUGCAUCUACAGGGUCACCAUGGAGAAGCUGUCUUACCACAGCAUCUGCACCUCAGAGGAGUGGCAAGGCCUCAUGAACUUCAACCUGCCAUCGCGCAUCUGCAGAGAGAUCGAAUUGUUCCACUUUGACAUCGGCCCUUUUGAGAACAUGUGGCCUGGGAUCUUUGUCUACAUGAUCCAUCAGUCUUGCGGGACAUCCUGCUUCGAACUUGAAAAAUUGUGUCGUUUUAUCAUGUCUGUGAAGAAGAACUACCGGCGGGUUCCUUACCACAACUGGAAGCACGCAGUCACGGUGGCACACUGCAUGUACGCCAUACUUCAGAACAACUAUGGCCUCUUCACAGACCUCGAGCGCAAAGGCCUGCUAAUUGCAUGUCUGUGUCACGACCUGGACCACAGGGGCUUCAGUAAUAGCUACCUGCAGAAAUUCGACCACCCCCUGGCAGCGCUGUACUCCACCUCCACUAUGGAGCAGCAUCACUUCUCCCAGACAGUGUCCAUCCUGCAGCUGGAAGGACACAACAUCUUCUCCACUCUGAGCUCCAGCGAGUACGAGCAGGUGCUGGAGAUCAUCCGCAAAGCCAUCAUCGCCACUGACCUCGCUCUCUACUUUGGGAACAGGAAGCAGUUGGAGGAGAUGUACCAGGCGGGGUCGCUGAACCUUCACAACCAGUCACAUCGAGAUCGUGUCAUCGGGUUGAUGAUGACUGCCUGUGACCUAUGUUCUGUGACGAAGCUAUGGCCAGUUACGAAACUGACGGCAAAUGAUAUAUACGCAGAGUUCUGGGCUGAGGGUGAUGAAAUGAAGAAACUGGGAAUACAGCCCAUUCCCAUGAUGGACAGAGACAAGCGAGACGAAGUCCCCCAGGGACAGCUUGGAUUCUACAAUGCUGUGGCCAUUCCCUGCUACACCACGCUGACACAGAUCCUUCCGCCCACAGAGCCGCUGCUGAAGGCCUGCAGGGACAAUCUCAACCAGUGGGAGAAGGUGAUUCGCGGGGAGGAGACUGCGCAGUGGAUUUCUGGCAAAGGGGCCUCCGAGCAACUGCCAAGGAAGGUGGAUGACUGAUCCUGGAGAGGUGUCUGCCCAGCAACUGACUCUCACCCUGCUUCUCUGACGUCGUUCCUUUUGUUUUUUAAGGGUGGGGGGAACCUCUCCCAGAAGGUACCAUCACAUACACACAGGGAGCAGAUGACUCCCUGCUUGCCACUCGCGCACGCCUCAGACAGUGAGCAGUUCCGGCUCCACCGUGUUCAGACAUCAGCUGUUCUGUGGCUUCACCUGACUUGUGAAUGACAUCAGUGAACCGGCCAGCACUCUGGUGGCCCUGGAGGUGGGCAGAGACCACAGGAGGGGUUCCUGCCUGGGUCCUUCCGAGAGGGUGUGGUCAGUACCCUGGUUCUAUGUUUCAUCUCUUCAGCAGUGCUAUUUGGUGGCAUUGGUUAUAAAUAGGACACAUGUCCCCCAUGGUGAAGUCCUCAUGUGACCUCCUUUGUCGCUGACUGAGUUGUAGCCUGGGACACAGGUAAUGAAGGUCAUAGCCCACAGGUGAUAGAGAAGUUCCAGUUGUUGGUUUUAGGCAGACUAAAGGUGUGUUCUUUCAGUUCAUCCGGGGUCAUGUAGGUGAGUCAGCUCCCCUGUAGGAGGCAGACCUCCACCCUUCUGUCAAGGAGACACCGGGUACAGGGCAUCCAAGAACCACAGCUCUUAUGUCAAACCAUGUCAAAGAAUUAAAACACUUCCCCCUCCCUCACUGUAGACUGUAGCCUUUGGCAACUUUAACCAAAUCCUUUGCACAAAGAAAAUAAAAGUAAGGGAUAUAAAUUUCCCCCCAGCAAGAAAAACUUGUGAGUGAAAAAUGUGAAUUUUAAAAACAAUUUAUUUACAUUUUUACUGUGUGUUAUGGCAGCAUUAUAGUCACAUCCAAAAUGUGAGAUUAUUCUAAAUGACACCCCAUUCCAUGCGGUACACCCCACAGAGGCUCCAACAGUGCAGCCCCAGUCUCCUGGAAAUUUGGGUCUCUCCUUCACUGUGCAGUCAGGCCCAACAGGAGGAGGUGCAGGGCCACCACACUGACCCUUGACUAUGUCUUCUCUGCCACUCUCAGAGUCCUCCACAAAGAACCCCAUGUGUGAAUAGUCCUCUGGUGUGACUUUCUGCUGACUCCUGCUGUGUGACAUUUGAAAAGCCAGCAAAAACCCCCUGGGCCCUUCCUGCUGCAUUCUAAGGGUGUCACCUGGUUCAUGCCAUGAGGAUUUUUCAGGACAGUGGCAUGGAAACCCGAGAAUCUGUGCCUGGUUGUUCUCAUGCUGUGAAUGAGUCUUGAGAAGUUAGAGAAUGAUUAGAGGCGAACAGCUCUCUCACUGCUCUGGCAGGAAUGUGAAAAGCUGCUUUGAAAUGAGUUUUUGAAAUAGACUUUGAUACACUUGGUACUCUACACACCACUGCUUACGGGAGCUUGGCAUUUUGCAAAAAUCUAUUAUUCGGUUUUCUUCUACAUAUGGAUUCAUGUUGUAGCAGAGUGGGCAGAACACAAACCUUGUUGUCAUUUUACAUUAACACCAUGUGUUCAGUUUCCUCACUGGUUUCUAAAGAGUUGCCAUCUCCCCUCCAGGCUUCUUGACUUGCUGUUGUUACUGUAUGAGGUAAAAGGCGACACCGGUGAACACCAGGGCUGUGCACACGUGUACACACAUAUGUAUGCAUGCUGGGGGACAAACACACAGAUGUAUAUAUGGUACACAAUGAGACAAAAGGAAAGAAAGAAGCAAGUAUUUAUGUAUUAAAAAAAUUACAGUCACUCCCAUACUCGAAAGCAGUGGUUUUCCAUGUUGGGAAGUUCUCCAUGAGGGCAUGGAUAGGAGUGUUACUCCUGUGAGCGUUCCCAGGUGGAAGCCUGAAGCAAGUCCACUCUCCUCAUACAGACAUGUGACGCUCGAUCCAACAAAAAGCCACUUUUAUCCACACCAGUCGAUUGAGUAUCUGUCUUGGAAGCUGGAUUGCAGAAAGGGGGCAGUAUUUAGGGUGAUUGUUUUAUUCCAUCAUUUUGAAGGCGUGCAUGAAUUCUGUCCCCCUGUAUGGAAAAGGAUCCUGGUGUUGGGAAUCCUGUGACUGCUUUAGCAUUCCGUGAUUGCCGUAGUAAUAAGAAUACUACAGGAAUCUCCUUUAAUUGGACCUAACCAAGAAUACUGUAUGGUGUGGCCUCUGCUGUGGCAGUUUUGCAGAGGAACCUGCUAGGAAUUUACUGGCUGGUCAGUCUCUUGUUUGGAUAAAAGAUUACAGCUGAUUUUUUUAAAAGGCCUUUUUAAGUUUUAUAAAAGACCUUUGCAACAUUGUUUUCCCCAUGUGUGAGACCAGGAGGCAUAGGUUUUCCAGAAAUAAAAGAGGCCAGGAUGUGGCCAUGUUUAGUUAAUAAUUUGGUUUUGGAAUUCAUGCAGUCAAGAGUGUCCUUUUGUAUCUUGGCAAACACAUUUAGCAGACAAGCACUUGAAUUUUGCCUCUAAGUUUUUUUUUUUCCCCACCUCUUUUGUCACCAUGUUUUCUCCCACCAAAGAUUUCCAGGAAUUCCUCAUUGGUGUCUGAUGCAAACUUAGUGACUAAUAAUGAAUAUUAACAGAAUGUUCCAUUUACCAAAAUGAUAUUGUUUACGAUCAUUUUAAUGCACAAGUUUUAUACUCAUGGUGGUUAUUUAAUUUCUUCCUAUGCUUUGUGGUACCUUUUCAUCUGAGAAAAUGUUCUCGGAUACAUAAGUGCACGCCAACAAACCAACGUGAAGUACUGAGUCUGGGCAGUGAAAUACAGUCCUAAAAUCUGUAACCAUCAAUUAGCUGACAGUUGAUUAGAACAAAGUACAGGGUGUGAGUGGCUGUGGAAGCAGUGAAAAGCAUGCUGGGUGACGGUCAGCUUCCCACCUUCCCAGGAUGUAAAAAGCAGGAAGAGGGAUGUGGAAUCCUGUCCCCGACUCCCUCUGGUUUGAAGUGCCAGUGGAUGACUGCCCCUGUGACACUUCAGGUGUCUCAUUCCCACACAGAGUCAGUUUGAACUGACCUGUUCAGUGUCAGGCUCCUCUUUUUAGCAUGUGCUGGCAUUUUUAUUUUAUAUACAUUCGGUGAACUCUGCUUGUUCACUGUGUUCAUAUAUGUGCUAGAUGUGUUAGCACAGCCUGCCUGUUGCUGCAUGAUGCCUUAGGGACCAACCAGGUCUUCCAGUGGGCUUAGCUUGGUGCCUGGUGUUUCUGCUCUCUUGGGUCUAAAUUAAGGGCUCGGCUUUAACAGGACAAAGUAGUCACCCUGCCUUGGCCUUGUGUCUUUAUUUUAAAUGUUGACUCACCCCCUUUCUCUCAUGUGCCCACCUCUUUCUCAAGUGUAAGGGACAGCAUUUAAAGGGGCAUGUCCGUGGUAGGUCCACCUCUGCUCGUCAGGUUCCUGUCAUCAUCCCAGGUCCCUGGCAUCUGCCCUGGUGACUUUGGGAUCCUCUUGUUCGAUGGGUACUGUGGCUCCAGUUAGAGGCACGGAUCUCUUUGGGGGGGGGUGUUCCAGCUCCUCAGCUGGCUUUGGUUUUGAAAGUCACCUCUCACUGAAUAUUCCAAACUUGCAUGGUUGCUUUGAGCUCUGCUGAUCUUGUGUGCUGGGUGGGGUGGGGUGAGGGAUUCUUGGAAGACUGUUCAUCCAGUCACAGGCUCCUUAUGUUGCAAGUGGCAGUCUGACUUGACAGCCACUGUGAAAUUUGAGUUAGUCACAUGUACCAUCAGCUGUGGCUUCCCCUUGUGUGACAUUUAUAUUUACACAUGUGAGUUUUUUGUUGCUGCCCAUUUGGCUGGCAUGAUUUACACUAAGUUUAAAUUAGAGAUGCCCAGCAGUACAGUUGGAUCAAUGAAAGUAUUUAAGGUAUUUUAUGCACUGACAGAAACAGAA